AUGAAUGAAUGUGUCCUGAAUGGCCAUGCACCUCAGAGUUUGGCCGUAUUUUGUGGGAUUCUGCACCAAAUCAGCGAACUGAUGCUCUGUAGCAAACAGGAGACUCAGUGUAUUGAGAAUUUGGUCGUUGCCGUAACAACCAACCUCUUUGCAUUUCUGGGUGUCCUCCUUCCGACACCCUCUUCUCCAGUUGCUGAUACGGCUGUUGGUCUGCAUUUGAUCGCACUUAUGUUCACACGCUGCCGAUUCGUUUGUGCCCAAAUGGUUCACAAGUACUCCCUCGUCUCAGUUCUGACUGCUCUUCUAACUGGUGAUGUGGAUACCCUACUGUCACAUCCACUACCCGUGUUGCUUAAUGUUGGUGAAUCGUCGUCCACGCCUUCGUCAUACGUGGGCUCACAAUCUCUUGCCGCUCUCGAAGGAAAAGAAGACUUAUUCAUGCUAGCUGCUAUCAUAUUAGACCAGUAUGAACGCGCGGUUGGGGCCAUUCGUCUGCGGAAAAAGGCAGUAGAACUCUACAAAGACUGCCAUUCUUGGAGCUGUGGCGCCACUAGGGCCCAAUGGUCAAUUGACAGAAACCGCUACGCUAUCGAGUUUCCAACCAUGACUCAGGUCAACUUGAGUAGUUCAACCACCCAAAUGACAGACUACGAAAGUAUGCUCCUUAACAUGGAGAGCCCAGAGGGUCUUUCGACGGACCUUCGUAGAAGUCUCUGCUUGGCUCUGUUGCGGCGCUUCGACCGACCGACAGGAAAACCCCUCUCUGCGGAAUGUCUUAAUUCAUUCUUGCGCCUCCUAUUAAGAUUGACUGCAUCCAGCUUUGACGAUGCCGAAACCGUGGCGAAUGCCGACUGUCUGCGGAUUUUGUUUACUCUCUCGCAUCCUUUCGAGUUCUCUUCGCAGUACUCGGCGUUUAUUUUUGAUGACCCAUCUACCGUCACCGCAACUCUGCAACAGAUCCUCAACAAAUUUGCCGAAGGAGUCUGUUCCAGUUGCCGAGAUUUGUUCUACUUACUGAGCCUUUGUGCACCUUUAGUCGCCAAGGCCGAGGACCUGGCUAUCCGUCUAAUGAAAGAGACCUUCUCGUUGGUUGUUGAUGAAAAGAGUAUCGAGGAUGGCGUCCCACCCAAGUCAUUCUCGAUUGCAAAUCCCCUGGAGACCUCUGCCAAUGAUGUCACCGUCGACCUUUCUCCAGAGUUAAACAGUCGUCAAAAGCACAUUGUUGUAUUCAUUAUUGAAGCCCUUGUGAAGCCACCAACUCCAGCAUCUGCAACCGUAAACGCGCCUGCUCAAACACCCGAUGGAUGGUCUCAUGCCGCCAAAAUGGUAGAGGGAAACAACAUGUCCAAUAAACCCAUUUCUGGUAGCGAGGCCCAGUCACACGGUAACAACCCCGAAGAACCGGCAUCGCUCUACGUUGGACUUUCCAAGCUGGAUUAUCUUCGGUACUUGGUAGAUUUGGCAAUUACCUCGAGAAAGGUUGCUGAAUUCAUAGCGAAAUAUACAGUCGAGGGUGUAAAGGGCACGGGUGACCGAUCCUCCUUCGUGUCCUAUCUCUUAACAACAGAGCUUCGGGAGCAAGCCAACAUGGAUUUGACUGUUCUUCUACUUGAGACUCUCGUCUUCAAUACCUGCCUUCCCACCCAGUCCGCCAUUAUUUCUGAAUUUAAAUCUUCUCUGAGAGAUAUUGCUGCCGCGGGCCUAGCUCUGUUGAAUGAUCCCGACGAGGGUCACAAGCGAAAUCAGCGAAUAAUAGCGCACAUGCGCUUCCUAGACCAGCUUCUCUUUCUGCCUCCGCCUAUCUCCCUCCAUGUGAUUAAGCAGAUCUACAAACGUCAAAUACCCUGUGAUAUUACAAAACUCCUAGCCCUCGCCAAUUGCAAUUUGACGAACACUCAACAAACGCUGAAUUUUAUUGUCAAAGUUCUUGAAAUUUUGACCGAAAGUGUCCAACACAACCGGGCUGAUUUGCCUGCACCCGGUAGACAGCAGCACCAUCAUCACCAACAGCAGCACCAGCAACGACAUCAGAAUUACGUCACUGUCAUGACUACAGUGGCCGACGAUUUGCACUCUGCCACUGAGACUGCCAACCCUGUAAUUUCCUCACUUGCGCCUUCAGUUGAGGGCGAACCCAUGCUGGCGAUGGAACAUGUCGACAUAACUGAGUCCCGCUCUCCCGAAGAGUCCUCGUCUACCGCCGACAUUCAUGCCCAGGCCUCUGACCUCUCCUUCUCUGACUCAGUUUUUUCACGUGGAGACAUUGUUGUGCAUAGCUUAAGUGGCCUGCAAGAUCUAAGUCGUCAGGGCAUGCGACAGUCAUCCGACACCUGGGCUCUUGCUGAAACCGCCAGUGAUCAAGAUGACAGCGACGGGGGAAACACUGAAAAUGGCCUCCUCAUUCUUGACGAUGACGAGGAAGACGAGGGAAGCGCUGGACAGGGUGGAGAAACGGAUAAUAGUCAGGAUGGCGGCGAGGAAGAUGUUGAAGAUCGUCGGAAUAUGAGUGGUUCCACAAGACGCAGAAAUUCUGAUUCUUUUGAUAGGUACAGCAUUGAAGAUGAUGAUGACCGGGAAGAUCAUUCUGGCGGCCGAAGUCUUAACGUCUUUUCGCGUAAUCGCCUUUCUCCCAUCCUCGGUGCCACUGAGUCCAUGAUGUUUGGCAGUCAUGCUGCCACCUUCUCAGGAGGAGGUGCCUUGUCGGUUGCGCAAACCAAUGCCCUACAAAAUCUCCAGCUUACUCUGCCUGCUCAACAUCCCUUACUACAGUCCCCUCACUCACACUACCCCUCGGACGAUGUCCCACUCCGAAAUGGAGGCAGUUCAGCUGGCGGUUUUUCCAAUCCACCAGCCCCCAGGCACCAACCCUUCGUAAGUACUCCAAACGUUCCAAACAACCUGACAUCAUCGCGUGAUGGCCCUGUUAUUUCAAUUCUUCUGCCGAGCUCGCGUGUCGCCGUGUCCGGUAGCUCGUCCACCAAUGUGCGAUUUGGCCGCUCCAAUCCCGCCGCCCAACUACCCCUUGUUUUGCGCACAAGUUUCAACCGGCAAAGACUAACUGCAGGCGGCUCUGGUGCGACCGCAGCCGCAGUCAUAGCCACUCCCUCUGUCGGCGGCAGUGGCCUCAAUCGCCGUCCUUAUGAAGUCUAUAAUUCCGGCUCCCAUUCCUCCACUCAGCGUAACCGUCGACGUGGAAAUGCUCCCCAGGCGACUUUGGCUUCCUCUUCUCAACCCAGCGCCCAACAUUCACAACAGGAGGCAGAUGCUCUGGCCUGGGAAAUGCUAUCCAAUGAGUUCCGUGAGCGUCUGGCCGCUCACCAGGCCUCAGUCAACAACGCAGUGACCCCUGUGUACACCACGACAGAGGCGACAGCAGAUAACUCUGGUGCAGCGGCCCAGGUGCCUUCUCUGCUACCGUCGACAGAAGAGCAACCGCCUCUCUCCGGCUCCACCGACGAUCGAUAUAUUCGGACUGGUGUUCUAUCGGAAUGGGCUCCACCUCGUGCUCCCGAUGAACUUGCUUCAGAUGUCGUGCCACAGGCCUCGAUGGAGCAUCAAGGUACUAGCCAGAGCGAUCUCGGAGUUACCGAGCUUUUCCACCUUAUCGAAAACGCAUUUGGUUGGUCUAACUUUUGGGGCACUGGAAAGAGCAUAGUUAUUCUGGGAAGACUUAGCCAAACUUUAGGUGCCCACUGA